AAGUUUAUCCCUGGCGUGUAUAAAGACGCUUCCUGUGCUCUUCUGAUGAGAAACAAAUUUUCAAACAUUCAUGGCGUGACGCUACUUUUAAAUAAACGAAGCAAAUAAACAGCAACCCAAGAUGAACUACGUACCAGGGACGGCAAGCCUGAUUGACGACAUCGACAAGAAACACCUGGUGCUGCUCCGAGAUGGCAGAACAUUGAUCGGUUACCUCAGAAGCAUUGAUCAAUUUGCCAAUUUAGUGUUUCAUCAAACUGUUGAACGCAUCCACGUGGGGAAAAAAUUUGGUGACAUUCCCAGAGGGAUAUUCAUUGUGCGAGGGGAGAAUGUGGUGCUCCUCGGAGAGAUAGAUGUGGAUAAGCCCUGUGACACACUCCUGCAGCAGGUUUCCAUUGAAGAAAUUCUGGAGGAGCAACGGUUGCAGCAGCAAGCCAAACAGGAGACGGAGAAAGUGAAGAUGCAGGUGCUGAAGGACCGAGGUCUUUCCAUCCCCAAAGCUGAUAACUUGGAUGAAUACUAACACCAUGAGGCCUCAGUUUGUAAUGGACUGGGAUGUUUUAUGUUGGAUUUGUGUUUGAGUGAGCACAAGUAUGUUUGUUAUUAUUUUUUUUUGUAUUGCUAAGAGGCUGCAUCAUGCUGGGCCUGUAUACUGUAAUGUACUGUAUGAAUCUAAUUUGAACUUUCUGGAGAACAAAAUGUGACAACUGCUCUCAGUUUUGCAGAUCAUGACAGCAAAAUGAAAAAAAGAAAAAAAAAUCAUGCGUUUGUAUGAGAUCACUCAAACAUAGCAUUUAUUUUACAGCAGCACUUUCUACUGACAUGGUGAGUCUUUUUAUUUGAACAUAUGUGAUUUGAAAAUAACUUCUUGCUAUGCUCCAUUAAAGAGUUUAGUUUUUCAUUAUG